AUGGCUGGAUAUAUAGGAAAAAUUGAGGCGUUUGAUGGCACAGUUGAUACGUGGACAGCGUACACGGAACGUUUAGAACAGUACUUCGAAGUUAAUGGAAUUACGGGCGGCAAACGUGUCCCUGCGCUCCUAAGUUUGAUUGGGGGAAAGACUUACGCUUUACUAAGGAAUCUUACAACACCAGAUAAACCAUUGUUAAGAGACCGAUUUGUUUGUGGACUCCGAGAUGAACAAACCCAGAAGAAAUUACUGUCCAUGCAGGGGCUCACCCUGGAUAAAGCAAUUCAAAUAGCGGUCGCUAUGGAAAUCGCAUCAAAAGACGCAUUGGAACUGCAAGGAAAAAAUUGCGAGUCUGGAGUCAACAAAUUAAAAUUCCAGAAAUCGAAAUCAAAGUUGGAAAAACCGAAACCUUCGAAUUGUUACCGAUGUAACAAAAGUGGACACAGAGCAGAAGAAUGCAGAUUCAAAGAUGCAACAUGUCACAAAUGUAAAAAGAAAGGACACAUUAAAGCGGCAUGUCGUGCAAAGGACCAAUCAUUCAAAUUUCCGAAGAAAGUGCAUGCAGUAGACGAUGACAGUGAUUUAGGAUUGUACACUGUACAUACCGGUAAGCGAAAUGAGAUAAUGGUGGAUGUGUCUAUUGACGGGAAAAAUGUCAACAUGGAACUAGACACAGGUUCCGCAGUCUCCGUUAUUCCGGAAAAAGUUUUUACAGAAUUGUUUCCCAGGAGGAAACUCGAGGAUACAAGCGUCACUUUAAUGACUUACUCAGGAGAAAAACUCAAACCUCUUGGUGUAGUUCGUGUAGAUGUCUUAUACAGAGAUCAACGGGAAAAGUUAGAAAUGUAUGUUGUUUCAGAGGGAAAAGCGAUACUUUUCGGGCGUGAAUGGCUACGAAAAAUCAAAUUGGAUUGGAAUUCCCUGAACAACGUCACACUGGAUAUCAAUGAGUUAUCACAGAAAUUGGAGAAAAUUCUUGAUAAACACAGUGCCGUGUUUACAAUGGAAACUGGAUCCGUCAAUGGAAUCAAAGCGAACCUCAUCAUGAAGGAAAGCGCUAAACCAGUAUUUGUGAAAGCAAGAUCGCUUGCUUACGCUCUGAAACCCAAAGUUGAAAAAGAGUUGGAACGACUUGAAAGUGAGAGCAUCAUAACCAAAGUUCCGACAAGUGAAUGGGCCACACCAAUUGUACCGAUAGUAAAGAGAUCAGGUGAUAUCCGAAUUUGUGGGGAUUUCAAAGUUACGAUAAAUCCGCAACUUGAAAUAGAGCAAUACCCAUUGCCUCGCAUUGAGGACAUAUUCGCUUCAUUGGCAGGUGGACAGAAAUUCUCAAAGAUCGAUCUGAAGAACGCAUAUUUGCAACUUGAAGUAGAAGAGGAAUCAAAGAAAUUUCUUACAAUUAACACACAUCGAGGAUUGUACCGUUACAACCGACUCCUAUUCGGGGUAGCGUCAGCACCUGCAAUAUGGCAACGCACCAUUGACACAAUAUUGCAAGGAUUAAAUGGAGUACAGUGCAUUUUGGAUGACAUGGUAAUUACGGGUAGGAAUGAUGCAGAACAUCUUGAAAAUUUACGCCACGUUCUACAGAGACUGGAGGAAUAUAACUUGAGAGCGAACAAAUCCAAGUGUCAGUUUUUCCAAGACCAAAUUGAAUACUGUGGUCAUUUAAUUGACAAACAAGGAUUACACAAAACCAAGGAUAAAAUUAAAGCUGUGUUGGACACCCCAGAGCCAACCAAUACCACCCAACUUCGAGCGUUUCUAGGUCUUGUGAAUUACUAUCACAAAUUCCUUCCAAAUUUAUCAUCUGUUGCACACCCGUUACACAAACUCUUGGAAAAGGAAGUCAAAUGGCAGUGGACCAAAGAAUGUCAGGAAGCGUUCGAGGAAGCAAAAAGGUUGGUAACUUCUGAUCAAGUAUUAUGUCACUAUGAUCCAAACUUACCAAUCAGGUUAGCGUGUGAUGCGUCACCUUUUGGAUUAGGGGCAGUGUUGUCGCACGUGUUGAAGGACGGGACGGAACACCCGAUCGCGUUCGCUUCAAGAACUUUGAAUAAGGCUGAGAAGAAUUACAGUCAAAUUGACAAGGAAGCUCUUAGUAUUGUGUUUGGUGUAAAGAAAUUCCACACUUAUCUGUAUGGUCGCGAGUUCACCUUGAUAACCGAUCAUCAGCCGUUAGUGUCAAUUUUCAAUCCUAAGAAAGGAAUUUCAGUUACCUCCGCUGCACGAAUGCAAAGACAUGCAAUAUUUUUAAGUGGAUAUACGUACAACAUUGAAUAUCGCAAUACAAAACGCCACACGAAUGCGGAUGGAUUGUCAAGAAUUCCUCAGGAAAAGAACGGACUUGAGGCCGAAGACUUAACUGAUGUAGCAGAUAUGUUUACACUCAGUCAAAUGGAACAAAUAUCAUGUCUUACGCACCAAGAAAUUAGAAGAGAAACGUCCAGAGACAAAAUUUUGUCAAAAGUGUACGAUUGCAUUGUUAAUGGUUGGACUGAAAAUGAGGAUCCAAAUCUAAAUCCAUACUUCAGUAGAAGGAAUGAAUUGACUGUUAGUCAAGGCUGUGUCAUGUGGGGAUGCAGAGUUAUAAUUCCACAACGAUUUCAGAAAAGAGUACUUGAAAUGUUUCAUUCAGCUCACCCCGGAAUCGUGCGAAUGAAACUUUUGAUGAGAAGUUACGUUUGGUGGCCGAAAAUCGAUUUGGAAAUCGAAAAGCUUGUUAAAAGUUGUUCUGGAUGCCAGAAACAACGCCACAAUCCGAAAACUGCACCCUUACAUCCGUGGGAAUGGCCAUCAGCUCCGUGGAAACGUAUCCACAUUGAUUUUGCAGGACCAUUUUUAUGA